AUGGCGUUCACAGCUCUCAACAACCAGGCCCCAGUACAGCCGCCACCGGUGCAGGCGCCGGUCCCAAAGCCCGUUCAGGCGCCAAUUGUACCCAUCCAGUAUCCACAAGAGAUCGACACCGCAUUCGCAGGCAAUCACGAAUUGCGAAAGCGUGUACACGCCGCCAUAGAUCAGAAUCCCUCGCAGCGCACGCUUUUUCGCGAUAUAUCGACGUUCAUCUUAAAUCAGGCUUUAUCGCCGACCGCCGAGCCUACAACGAAGAAGCGCAGGUUGGACGACAGUAACGGUGCGCCCAAUGUCGGAAAAGCAGCAGCCCCAGCUAGUACGGCAGCAAGUGAUCUAGCAAGCGCUUCAAGGAAGGCAUUCAAGUCAUAUGCUGGUGUCAGCUUCUCGAUGCCACAGCGCAAGAAGUUCACACUCGAACUGAUCGACAAGAAGGACGGCGGGAUAAGGGCCAUUGGUGCUACAGGCACCACCGAGUUUGCGUUGGCCUGGAAGGAUGUAGACCAGGUGUUUUGUCUACCUGUGCCAGAAAAGGCCAAGAAACAGCACAACUUCAUCAUCGUGCCAGUGCAUGGCGACGGCGUCAACCCUGUACCCGAAGAGCUGAAAGGAUCAGCGCCAGAGCCUAUCAUAUGGACAUUCGAGGAGGCAACAGGGAAGAACAUUGUUGAAGGCGAAGAUCCAGGGCCAGGACCUAUGGCAGAGGCAAUACAUCACUGCCUGAUUCAGGCAGGCACUGGGAAGCAGGUUGUGUUCCCUGACGCAGACGAAUUUGCCAGUGCCAUUCCCGAGAGCCAUCGGAAGGGCGAGAAGGCUUACCACGUGAAGGCACAUAGGGGAAGCAAAGAAGGCUACCUGUUCUUCACGUCUGUUGGCAUCAUGUACGGCUUCAAGAAGCCUCUCGCCUUUUUCGAUUUCGCCGCGAUAAACAGCAUAUCCUACACUGCCGUCCUCCGCAAUACGUUCAACCUCGUUAUCACCACACAAACACAAGAGAUUGAGUUCAGCAUGCUCGAUCAGGAGAACUUCGCAGGCAUAAAUGAGUACGUGCAGAAACAUGGGCUGCAAGAUGCCAGCAUGGCGGCGGCGAGACGUGCAAAGAAGCUCAACGUCAACCCGCCUGCUGAUAAAGGCAAACAAAACGGAGCGGUUGUGGCAGAUGCACAAGUCGAGGAGGAAGAGUCAGAACUACAGAAAGCAGAGCGCGAGCUUCAGGACCAAGAAGAUGACGAGGAAGAAGAUGAUGAUUUCGAUCCGGGUAGUGAGGGGGAGAGCGAGGGCGAAGGAUCAGAGUCAGAGGAUGAGGGUGGUGAAGGUGGCUACGACGAGGGCGAUACGGCGGAAGUUGAAGACGAGGACGAAGAGAUGGAGGAGUGA